AUGAGGGUGUUCAAGUGGGCACCGGAUUUUGAUACCUUCUUUGAGUCGCCUAUUGUCGCAGUUUGGUGUAAAUUGAUAGGUAUUCCCAUCCACCUCUACGAGCAAUCGGCUCUUCUUGCGAUUGGCAAGCUUUUGGGGAAGCCAAUCCAAGCGGACCAUGCAACGAUUAACCAAAACCGGUUAACAUUUGCCCGUAUAUGCUUGGAAAUUGAUAUCUCACAACCGCCGUCGGAAGAGAUUAUUCUCAACAUUCUUGGUAAGGACACUAGAUACAAAGUGGUGUGGGAUCGGAUCCCAACAUAUUGCAUUGAAUGUAAACAUGUUGGACAUGUUCAAGAAGAGUGCCUUAUAUAUGGGAAGACGAACCCACCCAAGAAGGACCACGGCAGCCAUGCCACAACACCUCGACGACACAACUCAAGGCGAACUUACACCCGCCGUGAGUGGAGGCCGAAGGGGCCCAAGGCCGAUGACCCAACCCACCAGCCGGACCACUCCACGGCUAGCAAGGAAGAGCCCAAACAGGGGCCACCCGAGGAGAGCAAGGCAGCAGACACGUCACCAAGUUUGAAGGUGACAAGGGUGAACCAAGUGCAAGUGGAUGAAGAUGGUUUCCAGUUAAUUACGAGGUGGAAGAAGGGCAAGAUGAACUAUUCCCUCCACCACUAUCAAGAAGGUCCACUCAAGGCCCCAUACCUCGAGAAGCUCCUAACAGGUGGCAAUGUGGCGACGGUUUCCUUUGGGGAUACUGAUAUGGGGGUGAUUGAUCCAGGAGGGAGCUCCACGGUCUGCAUAGGCUGA